AUGGCGCCUAGCCGGCAGGCAGAGCUUGGCGAGAUCCUCGAAGAUGCCCACGACCACCUCGCGGGAGCUCGGUGCCACGCGAGGACGAUGGAGUUCCUGUUCCAGCAGAUGAAGGGGGCUUGCGGAGCGUGGAGGGGGGCCGAGAAGCUAGCUGGAAAGGGGAAGGGGAAUGUGUGCAUGAGGGAUCAAUGGUCGCGGCUCGAGAGGGGGCUGGAGGCGGGGGACCGGAUGAUACGGCGCCACGCGCGCAGGCUGAGCCUGCGGUCGAUCGUGCGCGCGGCGGACGUUGUGGCGGAAGUCGAGGGAAUCUGCGGGGAGUUGCUGAGCCUCGGGAGCGAGCUGGUGGGGGAUGAGGCCGCCGGGGCGGUUAUACGUACAGUUGUGGAGCCCUGGCGCGCGGCGGAGGACCGGGUGUUUCAGUACCAUUACCUGUCGUACAUUGUGGAGCAGGCGCGGGGGGCGGGGGGCCUUGGGAGGGAGGAUAGGGCGGCCUGGGAGGAGGCCAGGAGCGAGCGCGGGACGCCCAUGGAGGCUGUGCCGCUGCUGGGCGAUGAUGAGGAGCUGGAACUUGGGGAUGAAAUUGUCUCCCGGUGCGGAGGGGUUUGCAGGGUGAGGCGGGGGAGGUGGCACCGGCUGGACGUGGUGGUGAAGGACUACAAUGACGAGCAGGGGCUGGGGCUGAGCCACGAGGCGCUGGCGGCGCUGUUCACGGACCUGGAGAUCCAGCGGUCGAUGGACCUGUCGCGCGUGGUGGGCGUGCUCGCGGCGCGGCGCAGCGGGGUGGUCGUCAUGGAGAUGGCGCGCUGCGGCCUGGACGAGCUGGUUGCCGAGCAGCCGGAUCUGAGCCUCGCCGAGCGUGGCCGCCUGCUGCUGGGCGCCGCAUCCGCCCUGGAUCACAUGCACGCGCGGGGCGUGGCGCACCGCAACGUCAAGUCCAGCAACUUCCUCGUCUUUGGGACAUCCGUUGCCGACUUUGUGGUCAAGGCGUCGGACAUGGGGCUCACGGCGCCCAAGGCGGAGCUGCGCUUCCGCAGGACCGGCCAGCCGUUCGAGACGUGCGCCUGGGCGGCGCCGGAGGUGCGCGGCGGCGGGCCGCCGGGGACCAGGAGCGACGUCUUCGGCUUCGGCGUGGUGAUGUUCGAGGUGAUCUCCCGGGCACCGCCCUACGCGGGGGCAGGAUCGGAGAACGAGGUGUUGGCGAUGAAGAAGCGCGGGGCGGACCCGUGCACGCUGCCGCCGGAGUGCCCGGGCCGCCUAGGGGAGGUCAUGCGCCGGUGCCUGGCUCGCGAUCCGGCGCAGAGGCCGAUCAUGAAGGAGGUGAUGGUGGAGCUGAAGCGCCUGAGCAUGAAGCAGGCAUCGACGCCGGCAGCAUCCAAGCGUGCGAGCCGCUUUCAGUUGAAACAGCAGGAGCUGCGCCGCGACAGCGCAACGUCGGACUCCAUUGGCUCGGCAGCGUCGUCGAUGAUUCACGCUGGGCGGUCCAUGUGGUCGCAGGGAUCGGACACAGAGUUUUUCAUGAGCGCUGUGGAAGAACAUGCGGCCUAUGCAGACGGGUUGAGUCAGGGCUCGUGGCCCCCUCCAAAGUCAGAGGCCUCCCAUGGCUCCUCCACUGAUGUCGAUGAGCUCUGCACCAACAGCGAAAUUCCCCACAGCGAAAUCAACAGAAUCAUCGGCAUGGAUGGCUCUGACGACUUCGGGAAUGGCUGCGAUGGCCAUGGUCCUGAAGAUGAGGUUCGGCAGAGUCCACAGCAACCGCACAUGGAAGAAGAAGACGAUGACUAUGACUGUGACCUGCCUGUUAGUUCCAACAUUCUGUUGGAGUCGGUCGAGAUGGGCGUCAUGCUGUCCAGAGAGGAGUCCUUUGAAGACCAGGAGCCACAGGAGGCCUCCACGGAGUGGACCUCCCUCGCGAAGCAGAUCCUGGUCCGCGUGGCCGCCGCGGGCGGCCGCUCAGCGGCGGCCGCCAUGCGGCUCGUCAGCCGCCGCUGGUGCACGGCCCUCGACGAGGGCGUCACCUCCAUCGAGGUGCCGCAGGCCGCCUACGCCAGCCUGGACCCCGGCUGGGUCCCGCGCCUGGCCAAGUUCCCCAACCUUGCGGGCCUCAAGCUCCCGGCCAUCACCGACCUCGCCGGCGCCGCGGGGGGUGCGGCAUCCGCAUCCUCUUUCCUGCUCUCGCCCUCAGGACUUGCCCCGCUGUCCAAUCUCCUGUCCAUCGACUUCGGCACCUCGGAGAUCGACGACUGGCACCUGGAGAACCUGGAGGGCCUAUCGCGGCUGACGUCGCUGGACAUUGCCCACUCCCGUGUGACGCACGCCGGGCUGCGGUCCCUCUCCGCCUUCUGCGCGCUGGAGGACCUCAACCUGGCGGACACGCUGAUCGGCGACGGUGGCGUGGAGCACAUCGCGCGCCUGACCAGUCUCACGUCGCUCGACUUGGGAUUCUCAAACGUGCGCUACCGCGGCGUCUGCGACCUGUCCUCGCUCACGAAUCUGAGGUCGCUCGGCCUGGGGGGGAUAGAUCUGUGCGGCCGCAGGGUGGCUCCGGUGGCCAAGCUGACCUCCCUCACGUCGCUGAGCCUGGUGCGCGUCUUCACCUUCGACGACUACGGCGCGAAGGUGCUGGCGGCGUCCAACACGGCGCUGGAGUCGCUCAACCUGGCGCUCACCAGGGUCGGCGACGAGGGCGCGGGCGACCUUGCGGGCCUGACGCGCCUCAGGGUGCUGGACCUAAGGGGCACGGGGGUUGGGGACCGCGGGACCGCGGCCCUUAAGGCCCUGAGCCGCUUGCGGUCGCUGCACCUGGGCGACACCGCCGUCGGGGACGGGAGCUUGGGCCACUUGGCGUGCAUGAGCCGCCUAGAAAAGCUCAUAGUCGCGGGGUCGCGCAUGAGCCCGGGGGCCGCGCGGACAGCCCUUCGCAGGCUGCCGAGGCUCAGGCUGCUCGGACUGGGGUAA